CACGAGAAGAAAAUACAAACAUUAAUCGUCUAUUGAAUUUUACGCAACAUUUUUUCCACUGACUGUGGUGGGCUCCGAUUUAACGUCCCCACACAUAACUUCAGUUAGCCCCCACUUCUCUAUUCAGUGGACGACCCGCCACUAAACCGUCCAAGGAAGCUCGGUGUUGUUUUUUGUUAGAGUUUGACGACUUUAAAAAAAUAUCCGUGACGGACAUAAGUGGAAAAGGGACCCAUAACUCUUUUUUCGUAAAGAGUUUUUUAAAGAGUCUUAACAAGAUAAUUUUAGUGGAAACACAUCUAGGUUAUAACGGAUUACUCGUAUUUUGUUACCUAACAUUUGAUAUAUAUACUUUUCAAAAAGACUUAAAAAAAAAUAUAAUAAUGACUUCGCAAAAGGAUAACUCUAACUCCGUGUCUACGGAAACAAGCAAACAAAUCGAUGUCAACACGAAUGUUUCUUCAAACGGAAACGAUUCAAAGGAGACUAACUCCGAAAAAAAGGAUAACGGGAAACCAACUGGGCAUGGAGAAUAUAAUUCGAACACAACCCCAAGUACUACUGCUCCUCAUCCUUUAUCACCGACUCCAAAUUUUUAUUAUACCAAUGGUGGGGCUCAAUACGUAGACCAACAAACUGCUAUCGCUGCCGAGGCAUACCAGGCCGCUAUGGCUGCAGGAUAUGAUGUUAGUGAUCCUAACGCUUUUGCCGCGUAUGGUCAAUAUGGAAUGCAUCCACAAUAUUCCCAAUUCUAUUCUGAUUAUGGUGCUGGUUAUCCUGGAUCACCUCCUCUCCAAGGUCAAGCUUCACCGUCUCUACCUCCACAGCCUUUGAGUCCUUAUUUUGCUGCUACUAGCCCUACAAUAGCUUAUUAUCCCACGUCUCCUCAAGUUGGUCCAACCGGACUAAUUCAUUCACCUACAAUGCAUCCAUAUUUGUAUUCACCGCAAUCUCCUUAUGGAAACUUGCACAUACUUUCACCUACACUUUCACAUACUUCAUCUUCUGCUCCUAAUUCUCCGCCCCCUACAUAUUUACCCGGUCCAGGAGUACCUUCACCUAAAGUUGGUCCUUUAAAUAGUAAUAAUGGUCGAGGAAUUAAUCGCGCUCAACCUCACUAUAAUUAUGGUAGAAGAAAUUCUGGCUCUAAUCAGAUUCCUGCCCUUCCGAAUUUUAGUAAUCCUACAAAGACUACUAAUAUUUAUAUUCGUGGUUUACCGCCUACCACUACUGAUGAAUCCCUACAUUCGAUGUGUUCCAUAUAUGGAAACAUUACUUCUUCAAAAGCUAUUAUCGAUCAAAAACAAGGUGAUUGUAAAGGUUACGGGUUUGUGAUGUACGAAACUGAAGAUCAAGCCAAGCAUGCCAUUGAUCAAUUAACGCGAGUGGGAUUGCAAGUUUCCUUCGCUAAGGUUGGUUAUGAAUCUUUUAGCACUAGGCUAAAGAAUCUUCAGGAUUUGGCUUCAACAAAUAUAUAUUUGUCAAAUUUACCAUUGGAUAUGAAUGAACAGCAACUUGAAGAAAUAUUCAAGCCUUACAAAGUAGUUUCUAACAGAAUUCUCAGGGAUACCAACGGAGCAAGUCGUGGUGUUGGUUUCGCAAGAAUGGAAGAUCGGGAUUCCGCUUUAGCUAUCAUUCAAAAGUUCAAUGGAUAUCAACUUCCUGGGGCAAACUUACCUUUGCAAGUUCGUUUUGCUGAUUCAUUGGAACAGAAGAAAUUGAAAGGACAAACUGCUAGAAAACGGAUGUGGAAAGCACGUGAAUUCGCAUCAUUAGGCGGACGAAUUAUGUCACAAGUUCCUGUCACACCCGAACAUAUGUUGGGAAUGGCCGCUGGUUCACCACCAGGAGGAGCUUUUCAUCUUCAGUAUUUCCCAGAAGGUGUUCAACCCGCUGGUGCUUAUCCACCUGGUUCGAUCUCCCCACCAUUCGGUCCACAAUAUGCAGCAAGAUAUUUUCAACCACUUUAUCCCGGACCAGUAUUAUCACAACAUCCAGGAUCAGAAGGACAACAUGCGACUCUUGUACCAGCAGUCACAAAUCAGUCAGAAAAUGCCAACAAAGAAGUUUCUAACUCUGGAGAGAGCAACAACGAUGCUGCAGAUGAGUUGAGCGAAUUAGUCCAAAAGAAACUAAAUGUUGAUGGUGGUAGUGAUAAAGAUAGUAGUGUAGAAGGCGGCGAUAAAAAAUAAUAAUUGUGAAUUCCUUAUAAUUUCAAAUAGCGGAAUUAUCAUUAG